AUGCGCGUCCUUCUGCUGGCAGCGGCGGCCGCCUCGGCCCUGGAGCUCUCGGGCGACACCUUCGACGCAGAGGUGUUCGGCUCCGGCAAGAACAGCUUCAUCAAGUUCCUGGCGCCCUGGUGAGGGCACUGCAAGUCGAUGAAACCGGCCUGGGACAGCCUCAUGCGGGAGUACGAGGGGCACCCGUCGGUUUUGAUCGGCGACGUCGACUGCACGCAGCACCAAGACCUGUGCAGCGACAUGGGCGUCGGGGGCUACCCCACGAUCAAGUACUGGACGGAUGGCGCGGGCAAGGAGGACGCCAAACCGUACCAGGGCGGGCGCGAUCUGGACGCGCUCCGGAAGCACGUCGAGGACAAUAUGUUGCCCAAGUGCGACGCCAAGGACCCCGAGGGCUCGGGCUGCGACGACCAGGAGAUCGCCUACGUCGCAAAGAUGAUCGCCAAGGGCGGCGAGGCGGUCGAGAAGGAACUCGCGCGCCUCGAAGGCAUGCAGGGGUCCGCCAUGAAGGCGGACAAGAAGGCGUGGCUUGCGAAGCGCGUCCACAUCCUCAAGGGCCUCGCCGCGUAGGUGCCGGCGCUCUCCGAUUUCCGACCCGACGCCGGCGCGGAUGACGGCGCGCGUCCGUGCCCACGCACGGGCGCGGCCCGACCGAGAGCGCCCGCAGUGGGCCGGGCGGAGUCCCAUACUAGUAUGUGCGGGUCACGUGGCGUCUAAGUUUCGGUACCUGU